CUCCACCCACAUUACUCUUGGUCCACGGCGAUCAAGCCAUACCAAACGCCCCCUAAGCCUUGCUCAAAUCGCCCCCUCUAUCACUUUCCCCCUUUUCUCCCUCCGACCUCCGCCGUCUCACCGCCGGCGAGGUUCUCCGAUCACCACAGCAUCAGAGAGAGAGAGCGAGAGAGAAAUAGAAAGGGAGGGAUAUUGAUCCGAGAUGGAUGCCAAUGGCGGAAGCGCGUAGGAGGCAGAUGCGCGUCCGCUUCACCACCGAGCUCCUGCCGCCGCUGCGAGUCCCGACCACCUCCCUCGCGUCUGCUGCGAGUUCCAAGUCUCCAAUUCUCAUAAAAUGAUAAAAGUAAUCCGAUAAAAAGUCGGACUUAAGUUGGAGAUAAUCGGAGAAACUUUAAACCAUUGGGAAAUCAUUUAAAGAAGAUAAGUUCCUUGUUCUUGUUGCUUUCCAUAGCAUAGAAUUAGUAGUCAAAGGGCUUUAUACUUGAUUUUCACCUUUCAGCCGUGUCGUUAUUUUAUUUUAAUAUAAUACCAAAUUAUAUUUAUUUGGGAAAGUUGCUUUUGAGUAUUUAUGCUCAUCCCUUCAAAUUCCAAUUCCUCAGAGAUAUAUAGAUUUUUUCUUAAACUUAUUUUUGGUAGUUAUUCCUAGGAGGCUUUUCCUACUGCUGCUACUAUGAAGCUGGCGUUCUCCUCCCCCUCCUAUUCUUUGAUUGCAUCGGCCAUUAAAUCUUCGAUAGCCCAAAAUUCUCUCCCAGCUGGCAAAUCCCUCCAUGCCCAUAUCAUCAAGAUUGGCUUUUUACAUGAGACUGUUCUCUGUAACCAUCUCCUCAAUCUUUACUCUAAAUCCAGCCAAUCUGACAAUGCCUGCAAGCUCUUCGAAGAAAUGCCCGAAAGAAACCUUAUCUCUUACUCCACCUUGAUAUCUUCCAAUUCGCGAUCCGGUGAUCCCAAUCUUGCCUUGCAUUUGAUGGCUCAGUUGCAUAAACUAGCCCUUGAGCCUAACCAGUUCGUGUUCUCUAGCUCGAUUGCAGCUUGUUCCAAGUCGAAAUCGUUGAGCUUGGGGGAGCAAAUGCAUGCCCAAGUGAUUGUCUCUGGUUUUGGAUCAGACCCUUUCGUGAGCACAGCUCUAAUUGACAUGUACUCAAAGCUUAGUUAUCCGGAGUUGGCUGUUUCAGUUUUCAGGCGGAGCCUAGUUGGCGAUCCAGUGAUGCUUAAUUCUAUGAUUUCCGGUUAUGUGGGCUUUGGUGCCUAUGAGGAUGCUCUACGGCUCUUUGGAGAAGCAAGGCAGGAUUUUGAUUUCAAGCCAACAGAGUUCAGUUUUGGUAGUUUGAUUAAGGCCUGCUCAGAAUUGGAAAGGGAGAUCGGGGAGCAAAUUCAUGGAUUUAUAGUGAAGACUGGAUUUGAUUCUAAUUGUUUUGUUGGAACCUCUCUCAUUGAUUUGUAUGGUAGGUUUGGAGACAUAAAAGGCUUGGAAACAGUUUUCAAGAACAUCUUAUCUGCUGAUACUGCUGUGUACAAUGCCAUGAUUGGCGGAUACACAAAAAAUGAGCUAGAUGGGAUUGCACUGCAAUAUUUCUGUGAGCUGAGGUUGGAUGGCUUCGACCCUAAUGAGUGCACUUUAUCUGGUGCUCUUAAAGCCUGUGGAGGUUUGAAGUCUUUUGACUUGGGAAUGACAAUUCACGGGGUCGUGGAGAAAUCCAGAUUUCGGCAACAUUUGGUAGUUAACACUGCUUUGAUUGAUAUGUACAUGAAAUGUGGUAUGGUGGAGGAAGGUUGUAAAGUGUUUGAUUGCAUGAAUGAAAGAAAUACCAUCUCAUACAAUUCAUUAAUUUCUGGGCAUGGGCAAAAUGGAAAUUUUAAUGAGGCUGUGGCCCUGUUUGUUGAAAUGAACCGCCAACAUCUAGACAUGGAUCUUGCUACCUUCGUUGCUUUGAUGACUUCAUGUUGUGGACAUGAAUGGAGUCUCUAUGUUCAUGUAAUUAAGCAUGGUUUUGGGUCAGAUUAUAUGGUCAAAAAUGCACUGUUAGAUGGUUUACUCAAAAGGGGUGCAGCAGAGGAGGCUAUAGAAUUUUUCGGCAAGAUGAAAGAUAGAAAUGUCAUUUCGUGGACUACAAUCAUAUCAGGCCUCACUCUGUUGGGUCUCCAUUCAGAUGCAAUAAAGCUCUUUAAAACAAUGUGCUCUACACAAGUCUAUCCUAACAAUUUCACUUUUUCCAGCAUCUUAAGGGCUUGUGGGCACCUAGCUGGUCUAGACCAAGGAAGAUGCAUCCAUGGAUGCAGCAUAAAGCAUGGGAUAAUGGAUGAAUUCACCAACAGUGCUCUUUUGGACAUGUAUGCAAGAUGUGGAGCUUUGGAAGAUGGCAGAAGGUUGUUUGAUGAACUCAUGAACAAAGACAUAGUCUCUUGGAGCACAAUGAUCUCUGGAUAUGCCCAUCAUGGAUAUGGACAUGAGGCGCUGGAUCUAUAUGCUAAGAUGGAAAAGCAUAAUGUUGAUCCAAGCCAUGUGACUUUUGUCUCUCUUUUGUCUGCAUGUAGCCACUGCGGUCUAGUUGAAAAUGGAGUUCAACUCUUUGAUCAGAUGGUUUCUAAGUAUGGGAUAGUUCCAUGCAUGGAACACUAUGCAUGCAUGGUUGAUCUGUUUGGUAGGGCGGGAAUGCUGGAUAGGGCAAGACUCUUUAUCGAAAACAUGCCGUUUGAGGCUGAUGCAUCUGUGUGGACAGUAUUUUUAGCUGCUUGCAAGCUUCAUGGUAAUGUUGAGCUAGCACGACUUGCUAGGGACCAUGUAAUGGGAAUGCAAGGUGAAGAUAGCCCAACACUUGUGCUCAUGUCCAAUAUGUAUUCUGAAGUAGGGAAGUGGGAUGAUGCAGAAAACACUAGGAGGAGAAUGAGAAUAGGAUUGAGAAAGGAACCUGGAUUAAGUUGGGUGAGGACUACAGAAGAGCCUCUAUGCAGUUAUGGUGCUAUUUAGCAAAAAAUGUUCUUCGGCUGCAACAUGAAGAAUUUGCAAUGAGUGCUUUGAACAACAGGGGUACAUGGAACAGCCAACUGAUUGCUGUUGUGAAGGAUGACAAAAGCAUGGGCUUCUCAGAGAUUUCCAGCCUUCUCCUUCAUCUGCAUUCUACUAUUUAAGCAUGGAUCUGAGCUACAUGGGACAGUGCAUCCUUGGUUCCAACCAGAACCAUUCAAAUUUCUCACUGAUGGCGAGCUCUUAUGCCUCUCAAGCAAUUACUUUUAGCGGAGGGCAUCUCUGCAGAAUGUUUUCUGGAGAAAAUAUUUAAAAUCAGAUACAUAAAGAUAUGCUCCUCAGAAUCAGCAGGAUCCUCGUUUUCUUGAUGAUCGAAUCUGUCAGAGCAAGAUUUCUGGUUUGAAAGAGAUUCAUCCCUGUGGAUGCUGCCUUGCAUGAACAAUGAUCUUCUGAGUCAUAUCAAGAAAGCUGGUUUCUCAACUCUGCAGGACCUACUGGAUCUUCCCGAUGCAAAUUUGCAGAGGUUGCGACAGUUUCCUUCUUCAGAGUUAUACCACGUAUAACUUUGCUGUAUAAGUUAUCUUUGUAGUUACCGGUGACCAAUAUUUAUAUAAGUUGCCUCUCCGGUCAUUUAUUAUGCUUCGGAAAUUUGGGUUCAUUGUUUAUCAACAACUCCAACCCUUGCAAGUAAUUUCACAGCUAGUAUUCGCUCAGGGUCAGUAUUAACCAAUCAUUUUAUCUAAUUUUUUCUAGGGUAAUCAUAUAUUUUCAGGUCAGAUUUGUCUGUUUCCCUGUAACUCAUUUGUUUAGCAUACCUUGCAUCAGCUGUUGCCUUUUCAGACAUCCAUUAUAUCACAUAAGACAUGUUUGUUUGCUCCUGAAUAAGUGUUCUAUUAUAUCUCAAAUGCACCUAUUAAGCCAAGCAAUCACUGAAUACCUGCUUCUACUUCUAAGGAUGCAAUUUCAUUCCUACUUUAUGGUAUAAACAUUCAUGACAUACUACAGAGUGCAAAAAGCAGAUCUUGAACUUUGGUUCUCAUUGCUCGAUGUCUAUUAGCUUUUCCUCAUGCUUCCAAUA